CAGGGAGAGGGAAUGGGGAAGGGAAAGCCCGAUAAAAUCUCAUUAUGCAAUGGAAGCCAUCAUGCAAUCACCUUCCACAUGCACAAGCAUUAGAGAAAGCCCGAUUAGAAGAGUUCUUAGGCAGAAGCUCAGCUUGAGGGAGGUCAGCAUGGCUCAGAGGAAAGAAAAAUCCAAUCUUCGAGGAGAUGCUCCUAGUUCCGGCGACAAAAUUCUACAAGGAUCUGCUAAAGAAACCCCUAGCAAGCAUGAGCCAAGCCACUUGCCUCUUCCUAAAGUAGAACUUGUAGAUAAGAUGCUUAAGUUAGAUAUGAAAUCGAACGACAAAGGUAAAAGUUCAACUACAACAAAGGAGCUUCAUAUCGUCGAUCUGUCAGAUGGAACUAAAUGGAUAAUCGAUGACAAGAUUGUAGUCGAUCUACUCAAAAAGUACAAGUCUGCACCUGAUCAGAAGACGAAAGAUGAAAUUGUAAAACUUCUUGAGUCAAGGGUUGCUUCGUUGAGCACCAAAGUCAAGGCCGGCCAAUCCCAUAAGAUUUGCCAAGUAUCAAAGGACACAGCAGGAGCUGGUUUGGAUGGAAAUCGUUUGGACUCCGACAAGCCCACUCAUGGAGGCUUGCCUGCGAAAAAUCAAAAAUAUCAAGAGAGCAAGAUAAUCAAGGACCUUCAAAAUUUGAAACUCGACAAUGAUAACAAGGCUAGCAAGAAAAAAGAAGUGGAUAGAUCCAAAAAGAAAUAAAUGAUUCGAUAAAUAAAGUUUUGAGGACUUCAAAGAUUUGUGGCUUGCAGUGAUUGUGUAGCAUGAUAAGACCCCAACUUUUGAGAAUCUUGUGGCAAGUAGAAGCUUGAUGUUAUCACAUAUAAUAAGACUAUGUGGUCUUUAUCUUAGAA